AUGAGGCAGCAGCUUCCAAGCUCUCCCGGCCGCAAGAGCCGUUGGCGCUGUGCUUCUGCAGAGACACCACGACCUCGCCUUCUGCCCAGAGCUUGUGUGGAGGAUCGCGGGCCUUUGAGGUUGGGUCGAGCAGAGAUCUGCGUGUUAGCCUCGGCUGCGUUGAGCGGGUGGAGCGCAUUCGCCCGUCGAAGGGUGGCAAGGGUGUCAAAGGUCCUGUCUACUCGGGCGACAAAAGUUAGCCGAGACAGCGGAGCACUCGGAGCACUCGUUGACCUUCUGACUUUCAGCAGCAUCUUCAUGGUCUUCUGGGUCUUCGUGUUUCCUGGGAGUGCGUGGAUUGGAUCCUCCGUCGAGCAUGAUGAAUGGCUACGCGCCUUCUACGACAGAUACUUCUCCCAAUUGGCUCCAUCGUCGCUGCUCUUGAAAUACAACCGCUUUGGUUCGCUCCUGGAAUAUUUGCAUGCGGUGCCCGGAGCUCUUUGGUGCCUCCUGGCCCCUCUUCAACUGAGCAAAGAGGGCCGUGCCACGUUGGGGAAAAGGCACGAAGCCGCUGGGCAGCUCAUGCUGAGCGCAGCUGCUGUGCUCAUGGUGGGCUUCCUGCUUAUUGAUGCCAACCACCUGACAGCUGAAGAAGCAGACUUCGCGACGGGUGGCAGCCUCGCAGAUGCAGCCGAUGCCCUGAACGCCAGGCUGUUGGGCUGGCUACCUCCCUUUAAUCGGGGAGGCAUGUACGUCAUUGCCGGUUGGUUCGUGUUCACCGGCUUGCAGACCUUCCGAACUGGCACUGCCCACACAGCUGAUCAUGGAAGGUGGGCAUUGAGGCAUGCCGCCUCUGGCCUCUGGGUCGCCGCGCAGCGGCCGAUGUUUGCUGCGGUCCGUGCAAUGCAAACUCUGCUAGGCUUCGGCGGGUCGCUGGCGCAGGCUGAUGCCUUCUACUGCUCAGCGUAUCUCGUCACGGCAGCCUACAUCAUGCUCACAGAACUUGCCAUCCGUGGGGCAAGCUCGGAAAGUGCCCUCCUUACUUCCAAGUCCUCUGGACCGGGAUACAGGAUGCGCCCGGAGAUUUCCGUGUCUUCCAGGUCGGACGUGAAGUUCCCCGCCAUGCGGACAGGCAUGAUAUCGGUUAUCAUGCCAUGCCGCAAUGGCAUGCCGUUCCUGCCUUGGGCUGUACAUGACCUGGCCUCCAGCAGCACGAAGCUGGAGAUCCUCGUCUGUGACGACGGCAGCAACGAUGGCUCUGCUGAGUGGCUCAAGGAACUGCAGGAGAGCACGAAUGCCGACGCCGACAGGGUUAGUGCGGCUAGUGAAGGGGAAAACGAGGACCCCAACAAGAGGGCCGCCAAGGAGACUGUGGAGACCCCAGAAGCCCCAACAGUCGGAGCGCCCGACGAGCGAGCCUUCGUGCAGCAGGUGCCAUGGCCAGGCGAGGAGGAGAGCGCUCCGGGACCGGCGAAGGUUGCUGCGAAGCUGCGUGCAACAGGGCAUCGCCUGGUUGUUCUGAGCAGCGGCGGCCGCGGCCAAGGAGCAGCGCAGAACGCCUGCUUGGAGGCAGCCACCUGCCAGCUGGUCGGCCUCAUGGACGCGGACGACCGCGGGGACCCCGAGCGUUUCGCCCUCCUCCUCGAAGCCCUCCGAAGGCACCCCGACUGGACAGGCGUCUGCAGCGGGGUGAAAAUCUUCGGCUCAGUCUCUGAGGGCAUGGCGCGCUACGUGCAGUGGCAGAACAACCUCCUCGAGCCGGAGGAGCUGCUGCUGAAUCGCUUCGUGGAAAUACCUGGGCUGCACCAGUCGGGGCUUUACCCGAGGUCACUCCUCUGGGACACGUUGAAGGGCUAUCGGGAUCUGCCGGGCUGGCCCAUCGACAUUGAUACCUGGAUGCGUCUGGCAGAAGCUGGAUCUCGCAUCGGCAAGGUGAAGGACGAGCUGUACGGAUGGCGACAGCACGUGCUUCAGAGCACUAGGAACCAUGGGAGAUGUGGCAUCGAUCGACUCCGAAACUGCAAGGCCCAUUUCCUGCUCCGCUCUUUGCCGCCGCAGGUACGCCGAGUGGAGAUUUGGAGUACUGGCCACACGCUCCUCAGUUGGAGUGAGGCGCUGCAGUCCCAGAUCCAUGCCUUGGCCGAGGCCGACAAGGAGCUGGCGGUGAGCGAGCUGUUGUUGGUCACCUGGCGACCUAAGGGUUCUCGCCGGGGCGGCGCGCGCCGGGCCGAGGGGGGCGGCGGCGCCGCCGCGCGGGCGACGGUGAAGACAGAGGCGGAGGAGGAGGCCGAGAGGGCCGAGAGGGAAGCCGAGGAGGUGCCACAGGCCAAGCGGCAGCGACAGGAGAUCCGCGUGCUGCCGAUGGAGUGUGAGUCCCCACCUCCGCCGAUUCCAGAGUCCGACAGCGAGUCUGUGGCUCGAGUCUUCGUCUUCGGCAGUGACAAGCUGCGUGAGAAGGCCCGGCUGAGCAUUGAGUCCAUUGAGCCGAGCCAAGGAGCGAGGCCGGGAGGCCGUGUGCCUCCUGUGCCUGCUCGCUGGGGGCGUCUGGACUGGCCUUCGGCCUGA